UAAAUCGCGACCGCAUCAAACUCACGUGUAGAAGAGAAAGUGCAGUACGGAUCUGCUCUUUCAGGAAACAUUACUUUUAAUAGUCCACAUGCAGUUCAGAAACACGGGUUCAGUUUAAAUUGUGCUUCAGGUUUUUGUGCCUUUAUUUAUUCAUUCUAAAGACAUGGCGACAGAUGCAAAGAGACGAAAGACGGAGGAUGGAAGCUCUAAUGCAGAUUGCAGUGUGGAUGAUCCUCUAAACAACUUCCUGAAGUGGUGCACUGAAGUGAACCUGAACCUCAGCAAUAAGGUGUUCCUCAGUAAACAAGGCACAGCAGCAGGGUAUGGCAUGCUCGCUAAAGAAGACAUUGAGAAAGGUCACAUCCUCUUCUCCAUUCCCAGACUGGCUCUCUUACAUCCUGGAACUUCCAGAACGAAGAAGGUCCUUGAAGAAGGAAGGAGCUGUUUGGAGAGUCCGUCCAGCUGGGUUCCUCUCCUCCUGGCGCUGAUGUACGAGUACACCUCAGCCGAGUCGCACUGGAAGCCCUAUUUGAGUCUGUGGCCUGAUUUCAGAAAGCUGGACCAUCCCAUGUUCUGGUCAAAGGAGGAGCGGGAGAAGCUGUUAAAAGGAACGGGUAUCCCCGAGGCAGUGGACACGGACCUGUCCAACAUCGAGAAGGAGUAUAACGACACGGUUUUGCCCUUCAUGCGCUCGCACCCGGAGCUGUGGGACCCUCAGAACCACACCCUGGAGCUCUAUCAGAGCCUCGUAGCUUUCGUCAUGGCCUACAGCUUUCAGGAGCCAGACGAGGACGAGGAUGAAGAUCCUAACCCUCCGAUGAUGGUGCCCAUGGCGGACAUGCUCAACCAUGUGUCUGAUCACAAUGCCAAUUUAGAGUACACGCCGGAGUGCUUGAAAAUGGUUUCGGUGAGACCAAUCAGGAAAGGUGAGGAGAUCUUCAACACGUACGGUCAGAUGGCCAACUGGCAGCUGCUGCACAUGUACGGCUUCACAGAGCCUUUUCCGGGCAACACUAACGACACGGCCGAUGUCCAAAUGACCACGGUGUAUAACGCAGCUGUACAAGCAACAAAAAAUGAGGCUGAGCAGAGUCUCCUGGCACAGAAGUGGAAAAUGCUGGGGGACAUGGAUGUAGUCAGGGACAAGGGCGUCUUCGUGUUUGGGAAGGACGGUUCACUGACUGACACAGAGCUUUACAUGACGCUGAAGGUGAUCUCCAUGAGCAAAGAGGAGUUCAGAGAAUUCCAGGAGAACGAAGGCUGGGAGGAAGAUGAAGGUGAUGAGGAGGAUUCCAGAGCAGCCCAAGCUGUGAGUUUUGAGGGCAUUCCUGCCAUGGUUCCAGAGUGGAAGCGACUCCUGAACACAGCUGCAGGUCUCACGCUAAAACAGUACAGUGAGGACAUGGAGUCGGAUCUAAGAGUGAUAGAGGAACCAAAAGCUCUGGCUAAACUCUGCCAUCGAGAAAGAAGAGCGUUGGACGUCCGGCUCGGCCAGAAAAGCAUCAUGCGAAAGCUUCAGCAGCUCACCGAGAGUGGGACAGUGUAGCAUUGUGUAGUACAACAGCAAACACCAAUUAAACAGCAAUAAAAUCA